AUGAGCAAAUCUGCCUGGGACACAGGACAGCCAGAGGACUUCUUGGAAAUGAAGACGGCGAGACUUCGCCUCGUAAACUCCGUCUCCAGCCACACUGGCAAAUGGACACAGACACCUGUGCGCAAGGAUAGCCACUCCAGCAGCCUGGUUUGCAAAAGGCCCACCCGGGAGAGCGAGGAUGAGGAUGAUGAGGAGAAGAAGGGCAGAGGGUGCUCGCUCCAGUACCAGCAUGCCAUGGUCCGGGUCCUGACCCAGUUUGUGGCUGAGUCGCCUGAGAUGGGUCAGCUGACCUAUAUGCUGGGCCCUGACUGGCAGUUUGACAUCACAGACCUUGUGACCGAGUUUAUGAAGGUGGAGGAGCCGAAAAUCGCCAAGUUACAGGAUGGCAGGACCCUGGUCGGCCGGGAGCCGGGAAUAACCACCGUGCAGGAAGCAGUAGUCAGCUCUUGGAUUUUGUUCAGCGAUGGCUCGGUGACGCCUUUAGACAUUUACGAUCCCAAGGAUUUUUCGGUGACUGUCUCUUCAUUGGACGAAAUGGUGGUGUCUGUCCAGCCAAACCCUCAGUCCCAAUGGCCAGUCGUAGUUGCCGAGGGCGAAGGGCAAGGGCCCCUGAUUAAGUUAGAAAUGAUGAUAAGCGAACCUUGUCAGAAGACCAAGAGAAAGAGCAUCCUUGCCGUGGGCAAAGGAAACGUCAAGGUCAAAUUUGAACCGAGUCUCGAUGAGCACCGAGGCGGGACCAAUGACAUCGAGGGCAUCAGCCGGGAAUAUAAAGACCACCUCAGCAAUUCCAUAGAGCGGGAAGGGAACCAGGAGAGGGCCGUGCAGGAGUGGGUGCCAGCCGGCCGAGAGCAGGGCACCGACAGACGCACAACCCCGCAGUCUCCCACGGAUGGGAAGGACACGAAGGGCCUCAGGGGUGGUGGCCCAGACUCCUUCACCAGCUUCCCCACCCAAGGGAAGUUACCAGCUCCCCACAGUCCCAGUGACCUUACCGUGACCUCAAGGGGGCUGACUGACCUGGAGAUUGGCAUGUACGCCCUGCUCUGUGUCUUCUGUCUGGCCAUCUUGGUCUUCUUAAUCAACUGUGUGGCAUUCGCUUGGAAAUACAGACACAAAAGGUUUGCCGUGAACGAGCAAGGCAACAUCCCCCAUUCUCACGACUGGGUGUGGCUUGGGAAUGAAGUGGAACUUUUGGAGAACCCCGUUGACAUCACCCUCCCGUCGGAGGAGUGCACGACCAUGAUCGACCGGGGGCUGCAGUUCGAGGAGCGGAACUUCCUUCUGAACGGCAAUUCCCAGAAGACUUUCCACAGCCAGUUACUCAGGCCCUCGGACUAUGUCUACGAGAAAGAAAUUAAAACGGAACCCAUCAACCCUUCGGGCCCAAAGAGGAAGCGAGUCAAAUUUACUUCCUACACCACCAUUCUCCCAGAGGACGGAGGCCCAUACACCAACUCCAUCCUGUUCGACAGCGACGACAACAUUAAGUGGGUCUGCCAGGAUAUGGGACUGGGGGACUCCCAGGACUUUAGAGACUACAUGGAAAGACUGCAGGACCAGAUGUAAACUCCUUUCUUAUGUUUGUAUUCACCUUUAUGCCUUCUGUUUUCUGAAUGGUGGAGCACUGAGAUCGAUCAGCAAUAGGGGGUGACUUAACAAGGCUGAAUGUGUGGCUGUCUGGUGGCUACUUGAUUUCCCAGCAAGUAGCAGAGGUCAGGAGAGCUCACCUGCCUGGGCUGUAGGUGGGAAAUACCUGUAAAACUGAUCCUAGGUAGGUAGGUACCGGGGGCAGGAAAUUCUAAGACAACCAUUUGAUAUCCUGCCUGGCAUGAGCACAGGGCAAUGCUAAUAACCCUGACCCCACACACAGACAGACAGACAGACAGACGGACAUUGUUAGUCACCUCGUGAUGAACGGCCGUUUGGAAUUAGAAAUGAUUUGGGUGUUGAUUUUUCUAUUCCUAAACCUUUUAAAGCACAGUGGACACUUCUUGCCCUUGGCCUGGGAUAAGACCCUUGUGAAAGUUACCUGAAUGUAGCGUUCCUUGUUCGUUCUGAGCCCCGCUCAUUAUUUUUGUAGACAUUUGCACCUGCAUCCGGUUCCUUUGACCUCUGGCAUUCCUUUUGAAACACGCAGAGAAGAAAUGUCCGUGUUUUCCUCUGAGUUUUCUUCACUGGCAUUUGCCAUGUGUGUGUUGCACCCUGAGUGUCAGGUUUUCUCCAGGUUUCCAGGGACAGUCACCCCGAAGCUUCUCCUCGCCCUGUGGUUCUCUUCUUUUCCGUGUUGAGCGUUCUCCUAGCAGACAUGGACAAGAGGCCGUACCUCGAAUAUUAAUAGACUGCGAGAGAGCACCCUGUCUCUAUCCUUUACCUUUCGGGAGCUUGAAAAUUUUGGAGAAAAGCCGUAGAUCAAAAAUUUUAUUUUUAUCCUCUGCUUGUUGGACAUUCAUGGGGGAACCCCCAGAGGGGCGGUCCUGAGGGCAAAUGUCCCCAAGCAGCUGUGCUGAUGCCAGUGCUUAGUGGGCAAUACAAUAAUACAAUUUAGGAUUCAAACUCGAAUCUUAAGAGGAGACUUGACAGAUGCAAAAGAGUGAUUGCCUGGGAAGAUUAACUGCAGACUUAACUUUCCAUUUUCCCAGAACAACAACAACAACAAACAGUUUUUUACAAGUAAGUAGAAUGACGUUUCAACUUCAGAGCAAUGAGAAACCCAUCUAUACAAUCUCCCCGUCCCCACACACACACAGUCCUUAGUCGUGACUCCGGCAGAGAUGAAAACCUUCCUAGGGAGCGCACUGGUGGAUGAAAGCAACGGGGUUUCUAAAAAAUAAAUAUUCAUUAAAAGAAACAACUGUUCCAGAGCGCAAGAAGCAGUUAUGAAAAAUGACAGCGAUCAGAAAAUCAAAAUGAGAGCGCGAGAGAGAAGGCACCGUCCCUGCAUAGUUUUUAAAUAGAAAAUGUUAUUUAAAGAGCAGCAUGAGUGGUCUCAAGCGAAGCCAGACUUGCAGAGCAGGGCAUGUGACAACACUGUCAUGUAUUCAGCUGGGGUAGCAAGAAAAGUCAGAACGGGGCCAGGAUGCCUUGCGGUGAGCUUGGUAGAGCCGUGUCCCUCUCUGAGAAACCGGGCUUUAGGGAAGCUCUGCCGAGGCCCCCAGAUGAGGUUUCAUGACCUCAGGUGACUAUGAGGGAGCUAUUCAAAUGUGGGAGGUCAGCGGGUCACUUUUUACAGACUCCCAUGAAUGGGACACCACAGCACAGCCACCACCCUCUCCCUCAGGAUCCCAUGGCAUUGCCUGCCCCAGAGUUCUCCCCUGUGGGUCUCCUGCCCAGAGAGCACGCCCUGUGUGUCACAGUGCAGGUGUUCCAGGUGAGGUGCGCCUGAGCUCCAGGGGGAGGCCUUCAGCUGGUUCUUCAAAUUGGCAGUGACGAACGGAAGUUGGUACGGUUCCAGAAAUCUCUCAGUGCGAAUGAAGCCCGGAGACCCAUGACAUUGCCCCCCAUAGGGAUCUGUAGAGAGAGGAGCCCACCUUGUAGGUUGAGCUCCUUCGGGGGCCUCCCCAAAGUACCCCACCCACUGCUUCCCAAAUGGUUUGGUGGCAGGGAGCCUGUGCAGAUCUGAACAUACGAGGGGGCUUCAAGAAGUUCCCGGGGGAAAUUCCAUGAUCUUUGCCUUCCAUUUUUCCGUGAGUUUUCUGAAGCCCGUCAAAAUUACCCAAGCUUAUCCUGCUCCUUCUUUGUGACCUUCCCCAUGGGUCCUCAGCCUCCCAGACAGUGGAGACUUGGUUUUGGAAACCCAGGAAACGGCGGGGUGAGACAUACUCAGCAGAUGACCUCCUACUGGGGAAGGGAGGCCUGGGGCAGGGUGUUGUUUGAUGGGAAGGCGGAAGAGGGCUGUGGAGGCAGCAGAUGUGAGCUUUUGCUGUGAAGUGGGUGCAUGGCAUGGGCGUGAUGCAGGAUUGUUGGAAGGUGGCCCUGGCUUCUGAGCAGAGCUGGAGGAGACCUCUGCCCUAAGGGCCUCUCCAGUGGGGCCGGCAAGCUCACUCAGAGCCAGAGCCUCUGGGCAGCCAGCAAUCUGUAUGCACUCACAUUACAACUCAGCCCUUUCGAAAUGAAACGCAAUUGGAAGGUCUGGGGAGCGGGGGCUCCUUUUAUCAUCACACACACACACACACACACACACACACACACUCUCUGUGUGUGAACACCGACAUUGCACGAGAAGCGCAUUGACUCUCAGUUACUCUCAGAUUGGUCACUGACACGUACACACACACACACACACACACACACACACACACCCUCUGUGUGUGAACACCGAGGAGCUAGCGAUUAAGACAUUGCACGAGAAGCGCAUUGACUCUCAGUUACUCUCAAAUUCAUCACUGACACGUGCAGCUCCACAGAAUCUCACUGAUGUUUGAUCCGCUCAAAACAAUUCCUGCUGACUAGAAACUCAGUUCUCCCACCUUGUUUUCCAACAAGCAACUUGAAACAAUAAGCACUUUUCCCUGCCCCAAGUUCCAAACCCCAAUGUGGGCACAUAGAGGAUGAAGCCUGGGAAUCCAGUUCCUGGGGGCCAUGCAUGUGCCUGGGUUAUUCCAGAUUCUUGUGGCUUGGGGUAUCCUCAUUCGUGGUCUGAGUCAGUAGUUUGAACUGAAUGACAUUUAUGAAGUCCCUUCUCUGUAAGCAUAGAGCAUGUGGGCCUUUUGUCCAGGCAGUACCAGUUCCUCUAGGGAACCCCAGGUGGUGAACUUCAGGGGUCCCAUGAUGAGGGGUUCAGCCUAGACAUGGGGACCACAUGGCCUGAGCCGCAGGAGACAUGAGCUGAUGGCUCCCGGGUCUCAGUCUAUUUCUUUAGCAGCCCCAGCACAGAGAUGGAGAGACACCUGGCAUCCGAGAGACCUGGCACUUUCAACACAUGGUGCAUUGCCUUUGAGAGAAAGCAAGAAGGUCCACUCUCCAUGGUCCUCCCCAGAGGAACACCACCUAGCAAGCGCCAGAAUGCAUUGUGGGUCCCGAGAAGGGAGAAUUGGUCCCCUAGCUGUUUUCUAUUGCACACUGGCCAGGGUAAUUUCCCUGAUGAUAACCAUUCCAGAUUUAAAAAUCUAGCCAGAGAAGUUUCUGUUUGAGGACACCGAUGCAGGGAGAAGUUGACUCUUUUGGUUUGGGUAGAUUGUUAGUCUUUUGGUCCCACCUGUACCUUGACAACUUGUAAUUGUUGCAAGGGCCACCUUUUGGACAGCAUUCUUGCUGAGCUCUGUCAGCAUGGUGUCUUCCCAAGAUUCCACUGCUGGGACCGUAUGCUGUACGGUUGUGAUCCUCAGAGAAGAACUAGCCUAUCCAAUAGCUACAAGCAGAGGGAAGUCUUCCCUGAACCCUCCAUGUCACUGGGACCCUUGGGACCACUGAGAGUCAUUUUCGACUCUCCUCAUCUGAAACAUGGCCCCACGUCUCCAUUUCAACUCCGUAUCGACACAAUCAGUGGUAUGUACACUCGGCCACCGCCUGUCUCCUCCCUUCAAAGUAGACCUGUAGAAUGUCCGCCUAUCAUCUCUUAUGUCCAGGGGCAGAAUGAGUGGUGGAAAAGUCAGGCUAAAUGAUGGAUAGCAGAUAUUUUUGUAUGUAACGUAGGCAAUACACUGAAACACUACGAGAUGUAUUGGAACCUGUACAUGGUACAGUUAAAGCAUGGAAAGCUGUAGCUUUUCAAUGUACAGACGUCUCACUCUGUCAGCCACCCGGAGGGGAGACACAUCGCCACGCGAACAUGGCGAAAGACAGCCACCGGGGGCCUGUGGCCUGGGAAGGAUGAGCUCCCGCUGGGAUUGUGACGGGAGUGUUCCCAUCCCCCUUGCUCUCCGUGGCGUUUGGACUUCUCCUUUUCGUUUUGGGAACUAUUUCAGAAGUAAAGUGACUUCGUUUUUGUUUUGGUUUUUUUUUUUCAGCAUCAAGGUAUAUUCUAACCACAGGGUAACUGGUCAUUUUUAACAUGAAAAUAAACAUCCAAAUAUUGUC